AUGUGUAGCAUUGUGAUGUCCAUUCUUCCUUUGACCCAAGCAGAAGCAACAAGCAUCAUGGCAGAAGCACCAAUUACGUCUACCGAGCCUCAGGGAGUGAUUAUGGUUGAUGCCCCUCCUACAUCUACUGUUAAAAGAAUAGUGGAGGCAGUUGCAGCCAGCAAGGGUGCUGCUUUGAUGACGCGUGAUGUUGGAGAAGAGGAUAUAUUGCGAGCGACUGUUGUGCUAUUCUCAAAUGAGUUGGUUGCAUGCAUGGAUGAGCUUCGCAAGGUAAAGGAGAUGAUGUGUGAGCAUCUGAUGCUGAGUGAGAAAAAUGUCCAGGUUCAGCAGCAGGUUAUUGAAGUUGUUACUUUCAUAGCCUCUUCGUCAACCAAAUUUCCUAAGAAAUGUGUAGUGCUUUGCCUUCUGGGUAUAAGUGAGCGUGUCACUGACAUUAAGACUCGUGCUCAUGCCAUGAAGUUCCUUACUACUUUUUGUGAAGCUGUAGGUCCUGGAUUUAUUUUAGAAAGACUUUACAAGAUACUGAAAGAGCACAAGAAUCCCAAGGUUCUUAGUGAGGGGCUACUGUGGAUGGUUUCAGCAGUGGAAGAUUUUGGCAUCUCACAUUUGAAACUUAAGGAUUUAAUUGAUUUUUGUAAAGAUACUGGACUGCAGUCAAGUGCAGCUGCUACUAGAAAUUCUUCUGUCAAGCUUUUGGGUGUUGUACAGAAAUUUGUUGGCCCAGAUAUUAAAGGGUUUCUUUCUGAUGUUAAACCUGCACUUCUUAGUGCACUGGAUACGGAGUAUGAGAAGAAUCCAUUUGAGGGUGCACCAGCAGCUCCAAAGAGAACUAUUAAAUCAACAGAACCUACAUCUGCAUCUUCUGGUGGACUAGAUGGCCUGCCACAGGAAGAUAUUAGUGGGAAGAUUACACCUACCCUGCUUAAAGGCUUAGAAAGUACUGAUUGGAAGGCUCACUUGGAGUCAAUUGAAGCUGUGAAUAAAGUUUUGGAAGAGGCUAACAAGCGCGUCCAACCCAAUGGAACUGCUGAAUUGUUUGGUGCUCUAAGGGGUCGUCUAGGUGACAGCAACAAAAAUUUAGUCAUGGCAACAUUGACAUGCAUUGGCAAUGUUGCAUGUGCAAUGGGUUCAGCUAUUGAGAAAGCAAGCAAGGGAAUUUUAGCGGAUGUUUUGAAAUGUUUGGGUGACAAUAAAAAGCAUAUGAGGGAAUGCACAUUGAAUACUUUAGAUUCUUGGCUCUCUGCUGUUCAUCUUGAUAAAAUGGUUCCUUACAUUGCAGCAGCUUGGACAGAUGCAAAACUUGGUGCGGAAGGGCGCAAAGAUCUUUUUGAGUGGUUGUCAAAACAACUAUCUGGGUUAACUGAAUUUCCUGAUGCUGUAUAGCUACUAAAGCCAGCUUCCUCUGCUCUGACGGAUAAAUCAUCAGAUGUUCGUAAAGCAGCAGAGACAUGCAUUGCUGAAAUCUUGAGAGUUUGUACACAAGAAACUGUUGAGAAGCUUGUUAGGGAUGUUCAGGGACCAGCUUUAGCUCUUGUUCAUGACGUUUGAAGCAUUAUGGUAAUUUUCAAG